AUGCCACGAAGUGUUAUUUUUCCACUCGCUGAGAUAAAACGCCAUUGCAAGGUCUACAAGACUGAAGAAGGAAUAUUUACUGGAAAACUUGAAAAAAAACUAAAUGUCCAAGGGUACUUCGGAAACAAUGACAAGAAAAGUCAUAAAGCUUCGAAACUACUCAAAAAAGCGGGACGAAGACGAGAACAACGCCUUGGAGAAGGAAGCUCCUCGAGUAGCGCGUGGAAACGACCGCUCGCAAAGAGGUCGGACGAGGACGGGUAUCCAGAUGAUCCAGAAAGCAAAAAGAAGCAAAAACUCACAUGCGAUGACAACAAGGAAGAGAAAAUCGGACAAAUCGCCCCUCCAAACAGCCCGGCAAGUCGAAAACAAUUUGAAUCAGGUGGAACCACCUCAGGAGCCCGAUAUUCGGAUUCCGGAUCAAGUGGAAGAUCAGACAGCGAGAGCGACAGCAGCGGCUCCGACAGUGGCAGCGCAAGCUCCGGAUCAAACUCCUCCUCAGAAGAAGAUUAA